AUGCAACUUUCUGGGAUCACAGUUCUGGGCUUCCUGGCCACUGCUGCCUUUGCAACUCACAACCCUGGUCAAUCAUGCAGUGGCUCUGGCUAUGACUGUAGUAACGACUUCCGCAGUAUCGUGGUUUGCAAUGGUGCACAGUGGGUGACUGCUGCUGCCUGUCCCUCGGCCUGCUGUGCAUGGCCUGCAGGUACUCUUGCCCCGUUCUGCAGUUGCUGA